AUGAGAAAAGGGUAUCUGAAUCAAGACAGAGUUGUGGAACAUGAGUUGCAGGAAGUUGGGUUUAGUCCAGAAUCUGACAAGCAUGAAGAUGAUGAAGAGGAAGAGGAAGAAGAAUCUGUGGAGAAGAUCUUUGAGAGCAGAGAAGUACCUUCUUGGACAAAGCAGCUGACUUUAAGAGCUUUUGUGGUGAGUUUUGCGUUAAGCAUCUUGUUUAGCUUCAUUGUUAUGAAGCUUAACCUCACAACGGGUAUCAUACCAUCGCUCAAUGUCUCUGCUGGUCUUCUGGGAUUCUUCUUUGUCAAGACAUGGACAAAGAUGCUUCAUAGGUCUGGAUACUUGAAACAGCCGUUUACUCGUCAGGAGAAUACUGUUAUUCAGACUUGUGUUGUUGCUUCUUCCGGCAUUGCCUUCAGUGGAGGGUUUGGGACAUACCUAUUUGGUAUGAGUGAGCGAAUUGCGAAGCAAUCAGGAGAUGUUGCUCGUGGUGUUAAGAACCCUUCAUUGGGUUGGAUUAUUGGUUUCCUCUUUGUUGUCAGCUUUCUUGGUCUUUUCUCAGUUGUUCCCCUGAGGAAGAUAAUGGUGAUAGACUUCAAACUAACAUAUCCAAGUGGUACAGCAACUGCUCAUCUAAUCAACAGCUUUCACACACCUCAAGGAGCCAAGCUGGCUAAGAAACAAGUGAGGGUAUUGGGGAAGUUCUUCUCCUUUAGCUUCUUAUGGAGUUUCUUCCAAUGGUUCUUUACCGGAGGAGAAAAUUGUGGGUUCUCCAACUUCCCUACCUUUGGACUCAAAGCUUAUCAAUACAAGUUCUACUUUGAUUUUUCAGCAACAUAUGUGGGUGUUGGCAUGAUAUGCCCAUACAUAAUCAACAUCUCUGUUCUCUUGGGAGGUAUCCUCUCUUGGGGUAUAAUGUGGCCUCUCAUUGAAACCAAAAAAGGAGAUUGGUUUCCAGCAGAUGUUGAACCCAGUAGCAUGCAUGGUCUCCAAGCUUACAAGGUGUUCAUAGCUGUUGCUAUAAUCCUAGGAGAUGGCUUAUACAACUUCUGCAAAGUCCUGAGCAGGACACUCUCAGGACUCUUUGUACAGCUCCGAGACACUCCAUCUUUUUCAAGAAGAUCUUUCAUAGUCCAAGAAGAAGACAACAACCCUCAUGCUUCCCCACAAACACCAAAAGAAUCUUAUGAUGACCAACGCCGUACACGCUUCUUCCUCAAAGACCAAAUCCCCACUUGGUUCGCCGUUGGUGGCUACAUCCUCAUCUCCGCAACAUCAACAGCAAUACUCCCACACAUGUUCCACCAGCUCAGAUGGUACUACAUCCUAGUCAUCUACAUCUCCGCGCCAAUCCUAGCCUUCUGCAACGCCUACGGAGCAGGACUAACAGACUGGUCCUUAGCUUCAACAUACGGAAAGCUAGCCAUAUUCACAAUAGGAGCAUGGGCGGGGUCCGAGCACGGAGGGAUGCUAGCUGGUCUUGCAGCGUGUGGCGUCAUGAUGAACAUAGUCUCAACAGCUUCAGACCUCACACAAGACUUCAAAACAGGAUACCUCACACUCUCAUCACCCAAGUCAAUGUUUGUAUCCCAAGUGAUCGGUACAGCGAUGGGAUGUAUAGUUUCUCCUUGCGUGUUCUGGCUGUUCUACAAGGCGUUCGACGAUCUAGGCAUCCCGAACAGCGAGUACCCUGCACCGUUUGCCACCGUGUACCGAAGCAUGGCUAAGCUUGGAGUUGAAGGCGUUGCAUCAUUACCAAGAGAGUGUCUAGUCUUGUGUUACGGGUUCUUCAGCGUGGCGAUUCUUGUGAACAUAGUUAAAGAUAGUUUACCGAGUAAGUUGGGCAGGUUUGUGCCUCUUCCUAUGGCGAUGGCUAUACCGUUUUUCCUGGGGCCGUACUUUGCUAUUGACAUGUGUGUGGGGAGUUUGAUACUUUUUAUUUGGGAGAGAGUUGAUGCAGCGAAGGCUGAGGCUUUUGGAACUGCUGUGGCGUCUGGUUUGAUAUGUGGAGAUGGGAUUUGGUCUUUGCCGAGCUCGGUGUUGGCUAUUGCUGGUGUUAGUCCUCCUGUUUGUAUGAAGUUUCUCUCUGCUUCAACUAAUUCGAAAGUUGAUGUGAUUUUGCAAAGUUUGGGAAUGAAUGGGAAGGCGUCUGUUUCCAAGGAGCUCAACGCCAAACAUUCAAAGAUAUUGGAAGCACUUUUAAAGAAACCAGACAAUAGAGAAUGUGCAGAUUGUAGAUCAAAGGCACCAAGAUGGGCAAGUGUGAACCUUGGGAUAUUCAUAUGUAUGCAAUGCUCUGGUAUUCAUCGCAGCCUCGGUGUCCACAUCUCUCAGGUAAGGUCUAUAACUCUGGAUACAUGGCUUCCAGAUCAGGUUUCUUUCAUGCAAUCUACUGGUAAUGCUAAGGCAAAUCAAUACUGGGAAUCAGAGUUGCCUCCUCAUUUUGAGAGAAGUUCAAGCGACGCAUUUAUAAGAGCCAAAUACAAUGAGAGGAAGUGGGUUUCACCGGGAGGGAUACAACCGGUUCCUACAGCUACCAAGCUAAGCUGCAAAGUAAGUCACUUGGUAGAGAGCGGAUAUAAGCCUGAAACUCCAAAGAAAACAAGAACUCUUUCCCUUGAUGAAGAUCUCCUUCUUAAGCAUGCUCUUCAAAUAACACCUCCAGAAACAAGAAUUCGUGCGGGUUCAGUAGAUAUGAAGGAGAAUCUAUAUGCUCUACCUCUACCAUUGGGGAGGGAAGUUAAGAAACCAAAUCAAAAGAAUGAGAUGUUCUCCGGAGAAUUGUAUCAGAAUAGAAGUACCACCAUAGCACCACCAUCAAGCUGGGCUACUUUCGACUGAAAAGAAGUGAAAGAAUGAGAAGAUGGAGGUUUUAACUAUAUGGUCAAGAGGUUGGCUGAUGUGAAUGGAAGUUGUUCUGUUUUUAAUAUUUUUGGUCUUUAAAUAUAUUUUUAAGUUAUGUAUCUAGUUUUGGUUGCUUGUAACUAAAUCAUUAUGCAAGAGAGACAUCUUGAGUACAUUGGACCAAAAGAAAAAAAGCAAUACAACUCACCAAUUGGUACUAUUAUGA